CUUAACCCAGACGGUCGCUACCCACGAUACAUCGACGCCACAGGCUGGGACCGCGAUGCGCCAAGAUGGGCAGAGUAUUGUGAGGGAUGCCAGAAAGCAGAGAGAGAGUACGAUAUACUUCGAUCAGCGAUCGUGCUUUGUGAACACUGGAGAAGAGGGUUUUGCAGCGGGUACGGGGUUUGCUGUAUGUGUUCGGAUAUUCGGCCACAGUCUCAUGAUGGUCUCUAUCCGUUGUAUGUUGAUGGGCUUGGGUGGGUUUACGGUGCAACGAGGUGGCGGUUCUACUGUCAAUUCUGCAAGGAUGUGCAUGAGAUGGAAACUCAAGGAGGAAGAGAAGGUGCCUAG